AUACAUUCAUCGUCUGGAGAUAUUCCACGAAAUAUUCGCGGUCGAUGAAACACCGAUCAAUCUCCGGCAUCUCUCCACCUUCUCCGAUCAUCUCCUCGCCGGAUUCAAACCCACUGCUCCUCCUCGCCGCCGCGGUCGCGGGCGCUGCUGCCACCCUCUCCCUCUUCAAACCUUCUCAUUCUUGUCCCCUCCGCCGCCGUCACCGUUUUAUCCUCCCCAUGAACCCCACCGCCAAUGCCCCGAAACCCCUCACCUUCUCCUCCCCCGAUUCUCUCUCCUCCUGGCUCCGCACCCGCGUCCCUGUGGCUUUCCUUGAUUCAUGGGGCGUCUCCCCCGGCUCCAAGACCAUCCACAAUCUCUUCCGCGAGUUAUCCCUCGGUGAGUCCACCCUCGUCCCCCAAGACCACCCUGAUCCUCCCCUCCGCUGCGUCCACGUUGCCACUGUCAAAAUCCACAACCAACGUGGCGCCAUCCUCGUAGAAUCUCACCAGCUCCUCUCUGACGGCACCGUCCGCACCCGCGGACGGCCUCCAUCGGAGAAGAUGCUUCCCGGGGAAUUGGUGGAAGAGGCUGCUGUUCGCGCUGUCAAGGAGGAGAUUGGGCCAAUGGAGGUGAAGAUUAGGCCUGGGACUUACGAAAUUAGGGUUGAGGAGAGGGUUUCAGCCUCAUAUCCAGGAUUACCGGCCAGGUAUGUGCUACAUUCUGUGGAGGCGGAGAUUGUGGGAUUGCCGGAAGAGGGGGAGUUCUCGACAGAGGAGGCUGGGGAGUUUGAGGAAGAGAAAACAGUGUCCGUCAAGAGGCAUUUCUGGAAGUGGGUUGAUUUUGAUGAAGCCUUAUUGGACUUUGGAGCUUAAUCCGGGUGCUCGCAGACGAGGCCAUUUCCAUAUGGCAGUGUUUUAAAAGAUCAACCAGAUUGUUUGGAACAGUUUUGUAAGCCAACCUAGGUACUUCAUGAUAUAUAUGCAUGCAUGAGAAAUUGCUGCCAUUUUGACCAAGAUUCCAGUUUCCUUGAUACAGGGAAAAAGAAGAAUAAUAAGGCAGGUUUAGAUGACACCAUGCCUCAUACCGGAUGCAUAUUUUUUUUUCUUGCUGUUAAUUCAGAUCAUAUUUGGUGGAAUUAUUUUUUAAUGAUUACACGUGUUGGUCUAUUAAAUUUCAUAAUUUUGUUUCCCUUGUUCAUGCUGUAAUAUGCUGAGAUAAGAGAUACUGUAACAUCUUUCAUUUUGUUUCUUUGGAUGUGAUUGUCAGACUCUCAA